CCCGCGGGUGUCUGCGCGAGCCCGGCCGGCGGGGGAGAUGUGCUCGGGCUCCGCCGGAUCGGUUUCUCGGGGUUUGACCAGCUGUCCCGGGCUAACCCUGCUCCUCGCUGAAGAUGGAGGAAGUAAAAACAGGAUUACCCUUAGCUACAGAUCCACUGCCUUAGUUUCCACCACCAACUGCAGUGCACAAACACACGUUAGGCACAGGAAAGAAAGAAAGAGAGAGAGGGAGAGGACACACUAACAGUAAACACAAACAAAAGGGUGAUGGGAUUAUUUUACUGCAUGCACUGCUGAGCCCGACAUUGUCACCUCCUCUUUGAGGGGUUAGAAGAAGCUGGGAUCUCCCGACAGAGCUGGAAAUGGUGAUGAAUGUUUUUUAAUCAAAGGACAAUUUCUUUUCACUGCACUUUGACUAUGGAAGCAGAGGCUAUUGAUGGCUACUUAACAUGUGACAAUGAGCUUUCACCUGAAGGGGAGCACGCCAGUAUGGCCAUUGACCUCACCUCAAGCACACCCAAUGGACAGCAGGCCUCACCAAGUCACAUGACUAGCACAAAUUCCGUAAAGCUAGAAAUGCAGAGUGAUGAAGAGUGUGACAGGAAACCCCUGAGCCGCGAAGAUGAGAUCAGGGGCCAUGAUGAGGGGAGCAGCCUAGAAGAACCCCUAAUUGACAGCAGCGAGGUGGCUGACAACAGGAAAGUCCAGGAUCUUCAAGGCGAGGGAGGAAUCCGGCUUCCGAAUGGUAAACUGAAAUGUGACGUCUGUGGCAUGGUUUGCAUUGGGCCCAAUGUGCUUAUGGUACAUAAAAGGAGUCACACUGGUGAGCGCCCCUUCCACUGUAACCAGUGCGGAGCUUCUUUCACCCAGAAGGGCAACCUUCUGAGACACAUAAAGUUACACUCUGGAGAGAAGCCGUUCAAAUGUCCUUUUUGUAGCUAUGCUUGUAGAAGAAGGGACGCUCUCACAGGACACCUCAGGACCCACUCUGUGGGUAAGCCUCACAAGUGUAACUACUGUGGACGAAGCUACAAGCAGCGCAGCUCACUGGAGGAGCACAAGGAACGCUGCCACAACUAUCUCCAGAAUGUCAGCAUGGAGGCUGCCGGGCAGGUCAUGAGUCACCAUGUACCGCCCAUGGAAGAUUGUAAGGAACAAGAGCCUAUUAUGGACAACAAUAUUUCUCUGGUGCCUUUUGAGAGACCUGCUGUCAUAGAGAAGCUCACGGCAAAUAUGGGAAAGCGCAAAAGCUCCACUCCACAGAAGUUUGUGGGGGAAAAGCUGAUGCGGUUCAGCUACCCAGAUCUUCAUUUCGAUAUGAACCUAACGUAUGAGAAGGAGGCUGAGCUGAUGCAGUCUCACAUGAUGGACCAAGCCAUCAACAAUGCAAUCACCUACCUUGGAGCUGAGGCCCUUCACCCUCUGAUGCAGCACGCACCAAGCACAAUCGCCGAGGUGGCCCCGGUUCUAAGCUCAGCCUAUUCUCAGGUCUAUCACCCGAACAGGAUAGAGAGACCCGUUAGCAGGGAAACGUCUGACAGUCAUGAAAACAACAUGGAUGGCCCCAUCUCUCUCAUCAGACCAAAGAGUCGACCCCAGGAAAGAGAGGCCUCUCCCAGCAAUAGCUGCCUCGAUUCUACUGACUCAGAAAGCAGUCACGAUGACCACCAGUCCUACCAAGGAAACCCUGCCUUAAACCCCAAGAGGAAACAAAGCCCCACUUACAUGAAGGAGGAUGUCAAGGCCUUGGAUGCUACCAAGGCCGCCAAGGGCUCUCUGAAGGACAUCUAUAAGGUUUUCAAUGGAGAAGGAGAACAGAUAAGGGCCUUCAAGUGUGAGCACUGCCGAGUCCUUUUCCUGGACCAUGUCAUGUACACCAUUCACAUGGGUUGUCAUGGCUACCGGGACCCACUGGAAUGCAACAUCUGUGGCUACAGAAGCCAGGACCGUUAUGAGUUUUCAUCACACAUUGUUCGAGGGGAGCACACAUUCCACUAGGCCUUUUCAUUCCAAAGGGGACCCCCAUGAAGAACUGCACAUGAAGAGAUACUGCACUUACAGCCCCACCUUCCCUCAGACGGUGACGUUGUUUCUCCUUAAAUACUGUCGCUGUCUACGAUUCUUAUUUUGUGGACAAAAUGUCAUUUGCUCUGCCUAAUUAUAGUAAGAAAGAAACAUGAGAAAAGGGAUGGGAUGCUCACUGGUAUCCUGGCUGGUUUGUUUUGUGGGUGUUUAAAGCAGUCUGUUUCUGUCAUGCGUCCAGAUUAAGGCCUGUCCUGCUUUGGGAAAUCAUUUGGUUCAUAGAGAUUCACCUAAAAUAUUCUUGUUUGCCAUUGAUGUUCAGGAUUUUGAUGGAAGGUAGGGAAACUGAGAGUUUUCUGGACAGGACUUUGGCAAUUUAAAAUUCUCUAAGUAAUUUUACUCUCAAAGAUGUUUCAAAAUGUAAACCCAUUUUAUUUUCUGUUCUUAGAGAUGAUGGAACACAAACACAUUGUUUUUUCCAAUAACUCCUAGGAUGAGUUGAAUUGUUGUGGGUUCUGUGUUUACCUCCCCUAUGGAAUUUAUAAUUCAGUAUGUUUUACACUGUAUCAUAUAGUAAAACUUUUAAACUACAGGUAGUUAGGGGCCCCUGCGAUACACCUGAGGUCCUCUGAUCUUAUUUUUCUAAACUUGCGCACUGUUUUUCCAUAGUUUUGAUGACUGGCAUUUUAUAGACACCCUGGCAGCCUUACUUUUAACACCUGUAACAAAUAGUAUUUUUUAUGUAGUUUUCAGAAUAACAUAUGGUCUGAGAGUGGGUAGGAGGCAGUCAGCAAUUUCCAGGAAGAUUUUUGUUUUUCACAAUUUGGGAUUUUUUUAAAAAAAAAAAAUUGUAAUGUGAUGGCAGCCUAAUAUCCGUCUUUGUUUCUAAAGAUGUGUUACGAUUGUCACUUUCUCAGCAUUUAAUCAGUGUUAACCGGUCAGCAGAAAAGUGUAAUUAGGCUAACAGUAGGGGAAAUCCCACUCUGAGAACCCUUGUCUGGUGUUUUUCUUCCAGCUGUGACCACUCAGAGUUCUGUUGGUAGUCCAUUCCUCUCUGACUCUUGGAGUAGAAGGUCUUAAGAAGCCUGGCUGCUUCUUUCAAAAUCUUAGAGCAACUGCUAAUUGGACCUGAAUGUGGUCAUUUGAACACUGGAAGGUCAUUUAUGAGCUAGGGCUAUUUAUUUCACCAUUUCUUCAGUAAUAUCAGUUACUGUCUUUGCUAGGCACAAAAGGGAACUUCUUUGUAACCUGAAUAUCACACCGCAGGUCAAACAAAAGAACAACAAAGUUUUCUUUUACCCUUCUUGGAGUUGAGAAUGUGACAGUCUUUAGGUGAAGGUCCUGCACUUUAAAAAAAAGUUAAAAAUUCAACUCUGCAAGUCCUUGUCAGAAAUCUGAAUCCCUUAAUAGAUUUUCUGUCUUCUCUUUAUUUGCACAAGGCAUAUACUUCAUAUUGCAUGUGUAGUUUUAAGUUGAUCUCUGUGAGUGAUUGGCUUUUUCUCUGGAGUCCACUGGCAUUUGUGGGUGAGAUAGAGCAUAUUAAUCUCAGCCAUUUGGGGGAAUGCGUUUGGCAGACAUAACUCACUGCUUGUGUUUGGCGACAACAGUCUGACCAUGGCUGAAUUAUCUGAUAGCCAUUUGUGAACGGGGAAGGCCCGAUACACAGUAACAAAUAAUUGCUGGAGCAGACCCUUGAAUAGGGUGCAAAAACCUUCUACCUGUGGUGUGCCCUGGGUAGUAUCGAGACUGGAGAAAGAGCCAGCAAUGGCCGUGUUCUCGUCUGUUACUUAAGCCGCUGCUUAGCUCUAGCGUAGCCAGGCCUAGGUCGGAACGUUCUGACUGAGUUCUUUCCUUAGCUCCUAUCUUGGUUAUUUCUGGAGGAAUGUCCAGAUGACUCCUUUCCGUGUAAGAGGACACACCCAAAGACAGAUAGAGCUAAUGCCGGAUGUUGGGUUUUUCUUAUUUUGUUGUUGUCAUCCCUUGGUAAUUUGUGAAAACACAGCUUACUCAGGCAUAAAGGGUCUUCUCAAGACUCCCCUUCCCCACUUACUCUGCAUGCUCUCUCGCAAAUUAUGAUGGAAAUGCCAUUUCUGUGUAUUUCUGUGUGCUCGCAAAUUAUGAUGGAAAUGCCAUUUCUGUGUGAGGGAGGCAAAUAAUGAUAAGGCUCAUGAUUUUUUGUUCUUAUUGCAACUUCACAAAGCUUUUGGAUGCCUGUCCAAGUGUUCAGAGUUUCGGCCGUGUGAAUUUCUGCUGGCAUCCUUUAUCGAUGGUCUUCCUUCUCUCUCCUCAUACCUACUGUAUUAAGAACCAUGCAUCUCCCUGCCCGAGGACUGAGCUGAAUUUAGGUGUACAUAAAGAUUUGAGGACCCCCAUAUGAAGAUGGCACUAACAUGCUCUCUCCCUUUCUAAUUCCAUCUUGUUGGAAACCCUGAUUUAUUCAAAGAAGUCAGCUAUGACAGUAUGUUUGCUAUGCAGAUACACUAGCAGUUUGUUUAAAGAUGCCUAACACAAGGUACAGAAAACGGCAUAGAUGGCUGAGGUGUGACAGGGACAAAAGAGGACAAGGUGCACUCGAAAUUUGUAGGUCAUAGUGAAUUUUGUGGACAUAAUGCUGUCUGAGGGACUCUCAAUGACUUUUCCACCAAAGAGAAUAGGCGACGUGGGGGGGCCAGAUACCAAAUACAUCAACUUUGCAGAGCAGUUACAGCUCAGUUUAUUUAGGCAAGAUUUUACAAUUCAAAGAGUAUUUGAGGGGCGUGAAAAUGGGUUAUCAUCUCGGGCAGAAAUUUAUCAGAUAACUGUUCUAAUUUUACCCAGAAUUUUUUUUUAUCACCAGUUCUUUCUGGAGAAGCACGCUGCCCCUCUGCACUAGUGAUGAAGGCUGCUAUAAAGGCUCUCUAGAACAGUGACCAGCAUGGUGAGCCCCAGGGAGAGGCGGGAACACUGCCCCUCAGACAUUCCCUUGAGAAAUUUCUGAGUAGAAUGGGGAAAUGAGGGUUGACCGUUGAGAUGUAGGAUAAAGUAACCUGGCUGGCUGGCAUACACGCACGUAGGUGACUGAAGGCACGACAUUUGCAGGCACCUGUGUAUUGCACAUCAUUGUGAUGAAGAGUCCUGAAAAGAGACGGUUAGCAUCUCCAGAUGUGUUAUGAAGCUUAGAGUUAGAAGUACAGCUGAUACAUCAGCACGUAGGUCUGCUUUACCAGGUUGUAUUAAGAAAUCCCAAUGUUAUCAGUGUGUCUUUAGGGCUAGUGGCAACUUAGAUCCCAAGUCUCCGUUUUCCACAUCCAGGAAAAAAAAAAGUGAAACAAUGAAAAGAUAUUAAGUUGACUGGUGAAAAUUUAAAGAAAUAUGUAUUCUUUCUAUGAGAGGAAGAAGAUGCAGGAAAUGACUUAGCAACUUGGUCUUGCAUUUGUGCUGAUUACGUCACAGUUCCACACCUUACAAGACCCCAACAUUUGCGUAUUCUAAAUUUUGACUUUGUAUUUUCCAAGUCUUACUUCAUCUUAUCUCCAAAAUGGUAAGUUAUGGUAGAAAGAUUGGCAGAGGAGGCUGUGCUGGACCAGGAAAGCUGCCUGCUCCUAGAUUCAGGACAGCACUUAGACUAUCAAGGAUACCUGGCUACACAUUUUUCUUAGCCUUGAAUUAUUUGUUUAUUAUAAAAUUGUAGAUUUGUGGUCAUCGUCAAUUCUAUUUCACAUGUUAUUUUUAACAAAUACUGCCUGUAUGUAUUCUACAGUGAAAGCUCCCCGUCUUCAAAAGGGAAAAAAAGCAAGGGGUAAAUUUAAACUUUGUAUAUAUAAAAGUUAUUUUAUAAAUAUUUUAGUCUUCCAGUUUCUGCAAAAUAAUUAAAAUAUACAGUAACUGGUCUCUUAAAUCCUGAAUUUAAUGUAUUAAAUACUUAUAAAAUUUUAUAUUGGUGCCUUUUAAAAAUGCAUUGAGAGUGUUGUAAGCUGUUUUAGCUCUACCACACUUUUACUGUGUAUUUUUUAGAAAAAAAAUCACAUAAAAUUUAAGUACUCUCUAAUUUACCUUUGUGUUCUUAGCAAAAAAAGAAAAAAGAAAAGAAAGAAAAGCAAAGAAAAAAGAGAAAACCCUGCUAAAAGAAUUUCCAUUUCCAAACUUUCAGCUGAGCUGGCGAAAGUGAGAGGAAACUUUGAAAUCAGAUUUUAAUCUUUUUAGUUUGAUAGUAUUUCUGAACACUUUUAUAUGAUAGAGGAAAAAUAGAAGACAGAGUCACAUGUUAGCAGCAAAUUGAAUUAUUCCAUGUGUUUGGCUUUAUUCUUGAGGUGACUAUGUUUGGCCUCACACAAGAUUUUCUCAUAGAAUUUGGGGUCAAUCAUGACAGUAUUGCUUUGCAUUUUUUUUAUACCCGACUAGUGUUGUUCUAGUCUUGGAUCCUCUCUAUCUUCUAGCCAGUGCUUGGUUUAUGAAAUAACGUGGAACUGCAGAUCCUCGUUUCUCCUUGAACAAAACACUCAGCACUCAUGUGACAUAGCUGUUCUCCAAAGCGCCAUCUCGGAUGUUAGGACGGGGCUGUCUGUCACUUUUGAGGGUGUCUUAAACCGUGACAGCUUUCUGAAACUGAGCGGCUUGGUUGUAUAACGUAGACAUCGUGUGACCAAGCAGCUGGACUAUCUAGUGUUUUCUUCUCUCAUGGGGUACUCUUAGGCCAAAUUAGUGACACCGUGAACAUUUUUACAUUUACUACAGAGAACUAAAUUUUUGGAAUUUCCACAAAAGUUUUAUGUAACAUUCUAUUUCCAUUUUGUUUCCUCUUGCUGUACCGUGAGUUUGUGGAUAUUUUAUCAUAUGCACUCUUAGAGAUGAGUUUUGAAUUCUAUUUAUGGUAUCUUUCUCCCUUAAUACUCCAUUUGUAUAUGUUCUGACAUGUUUGUUAUAAAUUCACCUUUAUCCCAUUUAGACUGUGGUACAUGAACAUCUAGUUUCCUACGAUGACUUUUAUAUUAUCAAUUAAUAUGAAAAUUUAGAGGUCAUGUGCUAAAAGCCAUGUUAAGUAAAGAGUAAAAGCUU